GAUUGAGAGUUUAGUGCGGGGGUCACGUUGUGCUGCAGCACUGUUCUGCGGACCUCUUCUCUGCGCUGCAUCCGUCUGUCCUGUCAACACAGAACACCGAAAACGUUUUUAUCGAACUACCUGUUGUCAGGAUGCCUCAUCAGUACCCAGCUCUGACUACAGAGCAGAAGAAGGAGCUUCAGGAGAUAGCAGAGAGGAUCACAACUCCAGGGAAAGGAAUCCUGGCAGCAGAUGAGUCCACUGGAAGCAUGGGGAAGCGACUGAGUGCCAUCGGUGUGGACAACACAGAGGAGAACCGCCGUCUGUACCGCCAGCUGUUGUUCACGGCGGAUGAGAGGAUGGAUGCCUGCAUUGGAGGUGUGAUCUUCUUCCACGAGACGCUCUACCAAAGCACUGACGAUGGGACUAACUUUGCCCAGCUUAUCAAGGACCGGGGGAUCGUAGUGGGAAUAAAAGUAGAUAAAGGUGUUGUGCCUCUGGCAGGAACAGAUGGAGAGACCACCACACAGGGUCUGGAUGGUCUGGCGGAGCGCUGUGCUCAGUAUAAGGCGGACGGAGCAGACUUUGCUAAGUGGCGGAGCGUCUUGAAGAUCAGCGAGCACACGCCGUCCGAACUGGCCAUCAUGGAGAAUGCCAAUGUGCUGGCACGCUAUGCUAGCAUCUGCCAACAGAACGGCAUCGUUCCUAUUGUAGAGCCCGAGAUCCUUCCUGAUGGAGACCAUGACCUGAAGCGCUGUCAGUACGUCACUGAGAAGGUCCUGGCUGCGGUGUAUAAGGCCCUUUCUGACCAUCACGUGUAUCUGGAGGGAACCUUGCUGAAACCCAACAUGGUGACCCCUGGACACGCCUGCUCCAAGAAAUACACUAGCGAGGAGAUUGCCAUGGCAACUGUCACUGCCCUGCGCCGCACCGUGCCCCCUGCCGUCACAGGUGUCACGUUCCUGUCAGGUGGCCAAUCAGAGGAGGAGGCCAGUAUUAACCUGAAUGCCAUCAACCUGUGUCCUCUGGGGAAGCCCUGGGCUCUCACCUUCUCUUACGGCCGGGCUCUCCAGGCCUCGGCGCUGAACACCUGGAGGGGAGAGAGAGAAAACGAGAAGGCUGCUGCUGAGCAGUUCAUCAAACGGGCCGAGCUCAACGGUCUGGCUGCCCAGGGGAAAUACGAGUCUACAGGAGAGAGUGGAGCAGCGGGACAGUCUCUCUACGUGGCCAAUCACGCGUACUGAAGACUCAAGACCACGCCUACAUCCUAACCACCGCUGCAGCCCCUCCCCUCUCCCCUCACCUGCCAACCACAGGCCUGCGCUGUCUACCGUACUUUAGACUCACCGUCGUUGUCAUGGCAACAUAAUGUUGUGGUUAAAAUGAGUAUUAAUUAGUAUUAAUUAGUAUUAAUUGAUGAUGAAGCGAGAGAGAUAGGUGGUGUUAUAAAGAGGCAGAGACAGAUGCCAUUAUCUAGGUGGUGUUAAAAGAAGCAGAGACAGAUGACAUUAUCUAGGUGGUUUUAUGAAGAAGAGAGAGGUUUCAUUGUCUUUCUCUCAUUGAGAGCGAUGUUAUCAUGUUAAAAAGAAGGACAGAAGUGUCAUUAUCUAGGUGGUGUUAUAAAGAAGCACAGACAGAGGUAUCAUUAUCUAGGUGGUGUUAUAAAGAAGCAGAGAUAGAUGCCAUUAUCUAGGUGGUGUUAUGAAGAAGAGAAAGGUUUCAUUGCCUUUCUCUCAUUGAGAGCGAUGUUAUCAUGUUAAAAAGAAGGACAGAGGUGUCAUUAUCUAGGUGGUGUUAUAAAGGAGAGUGAGGUGUCAUUAUUUAGCUGGUUUUAUAAAGAAUGUUAAAGAGAUGUUUUCAUCUAGGUCCUGUUAUGUAGGAGAUAGAGGUGCUGUUAUCUCAAUGGUUUUGCAGUGAAGGAGAAGUGUCAGUCAUUAUGUAGGUGGUGUUUUAUUGUCUGGGUGGUGUUAUAAAGGAGAACGAGGUAUGUGAUUAUCUAGAUGAUGUUAAAAGGAAGAGAGAGGUGUCAUUAUCUGGGGGUUGUAAGAAGGAAGAUAGAUAUGUCUUUAUCUAGGUAGUGUUAUAAAAGAAAAAGAGAUGUAAUUAUGUAGGCGGUGUUAUAAAAGAGAGAUAUAAUUAUCAUGGUGGUGUUAUGUAGAAAGAGAGAGAGUGGUGACAUUGUCUAGCUAGUGUUAUAAAGGAGAAAAAUGUAUCAUUAUCUAGGUGGCAUUAUAAAGAAGAGGGAGGUGUCAUUAUCAAGGUGGUGUUAAAAAAAUGGGGGAGAGUUGUCAUUAUCUAGGUGGUAUUAUAGAGAAGGGGAGAGAGGUGUCAUUAUGUAGGUGGUGUUAUGAAGCAGAGAGGUUUCACUAUCUAGGUGGUAUUCUGAAGGGGAGUGGUUUCAUUAUCUAGGUUUUGUUACGAAGUAGAGUCAGGUGUGUCAUUAUCUAGGUUAUGUUAUGAAAGAGAGAGGUUUCAUUAUAUUGGUGGUAUUAUGAAGGAGAGUGGUUUCGUUAUCUUGGUGGUAUUAUUAAAGAGAGUGGUUUCAUUAUCUAGCUGGUAUUAUGAAGAAGAGAGGUUUCAUUAUCUAGGUGGUGUUAUGAAAUAGAAAGUCAGGAGUGUCAUUAUCAAGGUGGUGUUAUGAAGGGGAGAGGUGUCAUUAUCAGGGUGGUGUUAUAAAGAAAAAGACAAGUGUCAUUAUCAAGUUAGUGUGAUAACGAAGUGGAGAGAUGUUUCAUUUAUCAAGGUGGUGUUAAAAAUAAGGGGAGAGUUGUCAUUAUCUAGGUGGUGUUAUGAAGGAGAGAAGUUUCAUUAUCUAGGUGGUGUUAUGAAGGAGAGUGGUUUAAUUAUCUAGGUGGUGUUAUUAAGGAGAGUGGUUUCAUUAUCUAGGUGGUGUUAUGAAGUAGAGAGUCAGGUGUGUCAUUAUCUAGGUGGUGUUAUGAAAGAGAGGGGAGAGGUAUGUCAUUAUCAAGGUGCUGUUAUGAAGGAGAGAGAAGUUUCAUUAUCUAGGUGGUGUUGUAAAGAGGGAGAGAGGUGUGUCAUUAUCUAGGGGGUGUUAUAAAGGGGAGAGGUGUGUCAUUACCUAGGUGUUAUUAUUAAGGGGAGAGGUGUGUCAUUAUCUAGAUGGUGUUAUAAUGAAGGGGAGAUGUGUGUCAUUACCUAGGUGGUGUUAUUAAGGGGAAUGGUGUGUCAUUACCUAGGUGGUGUUAUUAAGGGGAGAGGUGUGUCAUUACCUAGGUGUUAUUAUUAAGGGGAGAGGCAUGUCAUUACCUAGGUGUUAUUAUUAAGGGGAGAGGUGUGUCAUUAUCUAGAUGGUGUUAUAAUGAAGGGGAGAUGUGUGUCAUUACCUAGGUGGUGUUAUUAAGGGGAAUGGUGUGUCAUUACCUAGGUGGUGUUAUUAAGGGGAGAGGUGUGUCAUUACCUAGGUGUUAUUAUUAAGGGGAGAGGCAUGUCAUUACCUAGGUGUUAUUAUUAAGGGGAGAGGUGUGUCAUUACCUAGGUGGUGUUAUUAAGGGGAGAGGUGUGUCAUUACCUAGGUGGUGUUAUUAAGGGGAGAGGUGUGUCAUUACCUAGGUGUUAUUAUUAAGGGGUGAGGCAUGUCAUUACCUAGGUGUUAUUAUUAAGGGGAGAGGUGUGUCAUUACCUAGGUGUUAUUAUUAAGGGGAGAGGUGUGUCAUUACCUAGGUGGUGUUAUUAAGGGGAAAGGUGUGUCAUUAUCUAGGUGUUGUUAUUAAGGGGAGAGGUGUGUCAUUAUUUAGGUGGUGUUAUAAUGAAGGUGAGAGGUGUGUCAUUACCUAGGUGUUAUUAUUAAGGGGAGAGGUGUGUCAUUACCUAGGUGGUGUUAUUAAGGGGAGAGGUGUGUCAUUACCUAGGUGUUAUUAUUAAGGGGUGAGGCAUGUCAUUACCUAGGUGUUAUUAUUAAGGGGAGAGGUGUGUCAUUACCUAGGUGUUAUUAUUAAGGGGAGAGGUGUGUCAUUACCUAGGUGGUGUUAUUAAGGGGAGAGGUGUGUCAUUACCUAGGUGUUAUUAUUAAGGGGAGAGGUGUGUCAUUAUCUAGGUGUUGAUAUUAAGGGGAGAGGUGUGUCAUUAUUUAGGUGGUGUUAUAAUGAAGGGGAGAGGUGUGUCAUUACCUAGGUGUUAUUAUUAAGGGGAGAGGUGUGUCAUUACCUAGGUGGUGUUAUUAAGGGGAGAGGUGUGUCAUUAUCUAGGUGGUGUUAUGAAGGGGUGCGGUGUGUCAUUAUCUAGGUGGUGUUAUGAAUGGGAGAGGUGUCAUUAUCUAGGUGAUGUUAUGAAGGGGAGAGGUGUGUCAUUAUCUAGGUGGUGUUAUGAAGGGGAGAGGUGUGUCAUUAUCUAGGUGGUGUUAUGAAGGGGAGAUGUGUGUCAUUAUCUAGGUGGUGUUAUGAAGGGCAGAGGUGUGUCAUUAUCUAGGUGGUGUUAUGAAGGGGAGAGGUGUGUCAUUAUCUAGGUGGUGUUAUGAAGGGGUGCGGUGUGUCAUUAUCUAGGUGGUGUUAUGAAGGGGAGAGGUGUGUCAUUAUCUAGGUGGUGUUAUGAAGGGGAGAGGUGUGUCAUUAUCUAGGUGGUGUUAUGAAGGGGAGAUGUGUGUCAUUAUCUAGGUGGUGUUAAAAUUGGGAGAGGUGUGUCAUUACCUAGGUGGUGUUAUGAAGGGGAGAGGUGUGUCAUUAUCUAGGUGGUGUUAUGAAUGGGAGAGGUGUGUCAUUAUCUAGGUGGUGUUAUGAAGGGGAGAGGUGUGUCAUUAUCUAGGUGGUGUUAUGAAGGGAAGAGGUGUGUCAUUAUCUAGCUGGUGUUAUAAUGAAGGGCUGUUAAGGGACAGUCCAAGUCUAGUCAUAGUUCAUGCACAACUUCUGACCAGAGCCCUGUAUAGUGUUGCAGUAGAUCAGUGUUUCUCAACCCUGCUCCUGGGCGCCCCCCUGCCCUGCAUGUUUUAGAUCUCUCCCUGCUCUGUCACACCUGAUUCAAAUGAUCAGUUCACUAUCAAGUCCUUCAAGAGCUACAUCAGGUAUGGGAGAGCAGGGAGAGAUCUAAAACAUGCAGGGCAGGUGGGCGUCCAGGAGCAGGGUUGAGAAACACUGCACUAGAUUACUUGUUAUUUGGGACUCUGAGAGUAGUUACGUGAUUCUGCAAUCACUCUCCAAAACCACACUAUCACUCUCCAAAAUCACAAUAACACUCUCCAAAACCACACUAUCACUCCAAAACCACAGUAUCGUUGUUCAAAACCACACUAUCGCUGUUCAAAACCACACUAUCACUUCAAAACUACACUAUCACUUCAAAACCCCACUAUCACUCUUCAAAACCACACUAUCACUCUUCAAUACCAUACUAUCACUCUCCAAAAUCACACUAACACUU